AUGGUUGUGUCCUCCUUGUGUAUUGACCCUUUAACCAUUAUAUAGUGUCCUUCCUUAUCCUUUAUGGUGUAUUUUGGUUUAAAGUCUAUUUUAUCAGAGAUUGAUAGUGCCACUCCUUUAAAUUCUUAUUUUCGUAGCUUAAGUUAGCCAGAAUCAGUUUCUGUGGCAACCACAGUACCAUUGCUGAAGUAGAUAGAACUUACUUCCACUAAUUCUUACAAGAGUCUUUGGGUGACGCUAAUGGUUAAACAUAAAAAGUAGUCUUUUUUUCUUGGCAGGAUGUGGUAUUCUGAAAAAAUUUAUGUUUCAAGGCGUCUUUUACGGUUGAUCACAUUUUAUUUAAAAGCUUGAGGGCUUCAGUUAUUGAGAAAGAAUUAACCAGAUGCAUUGUCAGUUUUUGUUCUUGUCUUUAUUUUUAAUCUUUCUACAAAAUUGUUUGACAAGUAACUUAGAGACUGUGGUUUAGAUCAUUAAUUCAAACUAGAGGCAAAAUGCAUGAUACUAAAAAUAUGGAGAAAGACAUUGAACCAACUCAAAUGCUAGCAAACCCAGGUUAUAUAUCUUCAAAAAAGAAUUCUAACAAGGCGACCUUGAAUCGUGUCUUGUCUUUCUCCCUACUCAUGUGUCAGAUCAUGGUGUUUGGAACGAUUAUUGGUUUGGUAGUAACUACAGCUAAAUUCCAUCAGAAGCUGUCAGGAUGUCUUGAAACUGCAUGCCCAGACAGCUGUAUUGGGUUCCAAAAAAAGUGUUUUUAUUUUUCUCAUGACACCAGAAACUGGACAUCCAGCCAGAGAUUUUGUGACACACAAGGUGCUGACCUUGUUCAGGUUGAAACCCAAGAGGAACUGGAAUUCCUGUUGCGGUAUAAGGGCCCCUCUGACCACUGGAUUGGGCUGAAAAGAAAACAAAGCCAACCCUGGAAAUGGAAAAAUGGCACUGAAUUGCCCACACGGCUUCACUCCAGAGGAGAAGGAGAGUGUGCCUAUCUGACUGACAACGGUGUCAGUAGUGCUCGGAGCUACACAGAAAGGAAGUGGAUUUGUUCCAAACCAGACACAUAUGCCCAGAUGAAACAGCAAAGCCCUAACUUAUCUUCAAAAGCUGUCACACCCUACUAGACCAGCGGCAGGAGUGGCUCUGAGGGGCAUAGCUCAGAUUCGAAAAACAGAGAGAGUAAAAGGCACAUCUAUCAGACAAAGCUUUACUAGGGAACUUAUUACAUACAGAGGUUGACGCCAAGAUUCUCGUCACAGACAGAGAAGCAUCGCGUCGCACCUGGGUCUGUGAAGGGCAGUGUGGGGUGUGGGUUUAUUUACUGUCUAACAAUUUGGGAGAAGAAUGUGCCUAUGUGCAAAGAUACAUGCAGGGGAACCAGGAAAAAACAUGUCUAAUCUAUGGAGGAUGGAGCUAUUUUUGUACCAGUCAAUGAGUUUCAAUUGAUGUCAUCAUGCAGUCAGGCCAUUUGGUUUUUUUUUUUUUGGCCCAGGUUACUUUCUCAGUAAGGUAAUCUGGUUCUCUCCCAGAGUCCUAUGUGGGCAGGAACCAUCUUGCAUUGGCCAUGGCCCUCACAGAAGCUCAUAGGUAGAUACAUAUAAAUUACUAUCUGCAGCUGCUGCUUGAAUUUUCACUGUUUCUGAGGGAACUAUGAAGAUGAUGAAAGGAUGUUUUUAGAUUACCUUUCCAAAUAUAAGAAUCUGUUUAUCUCAGUUCCUCUUUUAGAUCUUUCUGUGAUGUAAUUGCUUUGUUUGCAAUCCAGAGUUUCCAUUUUACCUGGAUUUCUAGCUCCUGCCUAGAGGUAAGUAUCUCAAGUUUGUUCAGUAAAUGGUGAUCUGGAUUCCAGCUAGUUCUCAUUUUUGAUAUCUAUGACCUUCUGUUCUCUAAACUUACACAGCUCUGCUCUCAGACCUUGACAUCCAGAGUGAGAACAAACUCAGACCUAGGAUUAUUCCCUGCAGUGAUUGACAGCUCUUAGAGAAGUUCCCAUACUUGCCUCUCUGCCCUAAUGCAGGGUUUUGCAAUUAAAAAAAAAAAAAAAGUUAUACUUGGCUUAAUGCGGUUUGGUGGAAAGACUAUAGGGGUAUUUCCUAGGGUAGAGUUGCCAGACUUAGUAAGUGAAAAUACAGUUUCCCUAGUUAAAUUUGAUUUCUAGAUAAGCUAAGGCAUAGGAUUGACAAGAAUCAUAAGUGAUUAAUAUAUAUAUAAACUCCUAUUUCUUAU